GGCCAUCAUGGAUCCAUGGCGCCAGGCAGCCAGUGCAUCGCGGCUGCCCCCCCCCCAGAGUCUUGCUCCUCGUACUCCGUGCUCCACUUACAGUUUCCCGUUCGCUGUCGCAUUUACUUGCACCCCAUCCCUCCUCUCUUUCAAACCUCCGUCCAGACCCUCCACUCCCAUCUCCACACGCCGUAUCCGAUCCCGUUACGCUGACCCCGAAUUUUGCCGUCGCUGCCUGACCUCGACCAUCUCGCCGUCUCUAAACGCCGCCCUCGAUUUACCCGGCGUCCUUCGGAAGGAUCGGAGUGCCUGUCCUACGCGCCGAUUGAUUUCGCAUCCGCCUCUGGCGCUCCCCCCACAGCAUCCGUCACGAUAUCUCUACCCCCCCUCACCGACAUCCUGCGAAAAACACCAUCGCCAUGACGGGCUCGCCGGAGAACGGCGCUGGCUCCGGAAGCCAUAAAAGGCCCCGGAGUCCAAAUGGCGACAGCGACGACGUCGGGCCCGCCGCCCCCGACAAUUCCACCGUCCCGAAACCGAAACGACUGGCCUGUAUGAUUUGCAGGAAACGCAAGCUCAAGUGCGAUGGCAUGAGGCCGAGUUGCAGCACCUGCUCCCGCCUGGGACACUCGUGCGCCUACGAUGAGCAGCGGAGGAAGAGUGGCCCCAAGCGUGGUUACGUCAAGGCUCUCGAAGAGCGAUUGAAGCAAGUCGAGACGCUGUUGAAGACGCAAGACCCUGUUCCCGUGAACAACCAACCCAAGGGAGUCAAUAUUCCGAUGCCUGCGCGCCCCAGCCCCCAGACCGCCGCCCCGAACCUGAGCAUACCCAAUGCCCCCAUUAGCAUGACGGGGGAUCGCGACAUGGACCGAUGGCAAUUUAAUGGCGAGUCGCCCCAGACCGGCACUCUUGACGAUUUCAACUUCAAUGCUAGCCUGGGCAUGGGCAUGAACGAUGUCGGUGGCAACUUCACGUGGGAGAUGAUUGGCCUGGGACUUGAGGAACCACUACCUCCCCAGGAGACUAUUGAUGAACUUCAUCAAAUCUACUUCGAAAAGGUCCAUCCGUCGAUUCCAAUGAUACACAAAUAUCGAUAUUUAGCCGCCAUGAACCUAGCUCCAAACCAACGACCACCCGUCUGUCUGCGCUACGCCAUGUGGACCUUGGCCUGUACCAUAACAGACAAAUAUGCCGACCUCAAGGAUUUGUUCUACCGGAGGGCGCGCAAGUACGUCGAAGCCGACUACAUCAAGGGCUACGGAGAGCACAUGAUCUCCAUUGCUCACUGCCAGACGCACAUUCUCCUGUCUUCAUAUGAGAUGAAGAUGAUGUACUUUCCUAGAGCUUGGGUAAACACAGGCUCGGCGAUUCGCCUAGCUCAGAUGACUGGCCUUCACCGACUAGACGGCACGGGACUGGACGUCAAGCAAUGCCUCGCCCCUCCCAAGGACUGGACAGAGCGUGAGGAGCGACGCCGGACCUUUUGGAUGGCAUUCUGUCAAGACCGAUAUGCCAGCAUCGGCACUGGCUGGCCCAUGACGAUUGACGAACGUGACAUUAUGACCAAUCUCCCCUCCUCCGAGGAGGCUUACGACAUGAGCCGACCAGAGCAGACGCAGUCCCUCAACGAAUGCACAAGCCCGACGGGCGCAGGCAAGCUAUCGGCGUACGGUGGCAUCGUGCUCAUGGCCUGUUUAUUCGGACGAAACCUGGUGCAUCUACACCGACCCGACGCUGAUGACCUCGACCACGAUCUGAACGGCCCAUUCUGGAAACGCCACCGUCAGAUGGACAACAUUCUCCUCAACACUUCCCUCUGCCUCCCCUCUCACCUCAAGCUCCCUGCGGGGUUAUCAAACGCCAACAUCGUUUUCACAAACAUGAGCAUCCACACCUCCACCAUCUGCCUACAUCAAGCUGCCAUCUUCAAGGCGGAGAAGAACAAGCUCCCUGGGUCUGUUAGUGCGGAGAGCAAGGUUCGGUGCAUCACUGCUGCCAAUGAAAUCGCCAGCAUCAUGAGAAUGAUUUCCCACAUGGACCUUUCGACGGUCAACCCGUUCAUAUCGUUCUGCUUGUAUGUUUCGGCAAGAGUAUUUGUGCAGUACCUCAAAAGUCGGCCAGAUGACAGCCAGACGGCGGACUCGUUGAGAUUUCUCCUUUCGGCAAUGAACGCACUGAAGCGGAGGAACCCUCUGACUGAAUCGUUCUUGGUUCAGCUGGAUGUUGAUCUGGAGGCACUUUCAUUGCGCAUUCCCAAGCUCAAGAAUGCAUUCCCACGCAGCAGCGAUAGUCCUGGACCCAACAACUCUGGUCUUGGGACGAAAGCUCCGGUUUGCGACAACCCUGAAGGUGUACAAGGCAUCUUGGCAUACCGAAACGAGUGUCAUUUUAUGAAAAUGGCGGGCGACGAUGGGAAUGCGGCUAAUGCCCCGGACAUUGUGGAACCCAACACCGAGUCUCAAGGGUUGAACGCCUCGAACACUGGCGGCUUUGGGGCACAAGCGUGGAUGUCAUCUGAUCAACAGCUUCCUAUUCUCACGCCUAGUUCCGGAACCACAUUCGAGAAGAACGGGUCGGCGACUGGACCGAUGUCAUUUGGGGAGGGGAGCGGAGAAAGCCAAGAGACGUCAGGGUCGCCAGACGGAGCGCAGUCGAGCCGGCCAACACCAAACUCGAGCACAGGCGGAUCUGACCAAAGAGUACACUUGGCUCCGGGACAGAUGGGUGGAUCAGGGCACAACUCAUUCCAAGCAAGCCCGAUCUCGCCGAAUCAAACAUUGAUGAACCCCGGCUCACUCGAUGGGAGCACUCAGGGAUUCUUUACUGCGGACGCGAAUGGGUUCACGAUGCAAACUACGAUGUCAGACCAACAAGGAUCAUUUGUGCUGCCCGAGGGAUGGGGGGACAUCCAGGGCCAGACCGGAGUGACCCCAGUCGGCGAGGGCGUUUUGAGGGCAUUGAUGAACAUGGGACCGAUGGAUGCAAUGGACCUAUCGUCUUGGGACUCGGGGAACAAUCAAGGAUAAUCUAGGUGGAGCAUUUGGUGGGUUUCUGCAGGGCGAUGAAAACACGAUUGAAUCAGAUGACGACUUUGGGCUACCUGGGUAAUGGGAAGACAAGACUCGAAAUCGAGUUCGCAAGGACGGGCGUCUUGGAGGGGAUCCGCUUGGAUCACACUGUAUACUAUGGGUUGGGAACUCUCAAGUAUUGGGGUCAUGUCGACGGGAUGUCAGGCACAUAUGAACAAUACCCUUAUCUGUCUGAAUAUGGAAUGGAAAACCUCCAUCUUUACU